AUGCCACUAAUAACCACAAUCCACGAAUCCCUCCCAUACAUCGACCCCGAACCCACUCCCUCGGACCGCUCCGCCGCCGAAGCCCUCAUAGCCACCGAACGCUCCCUCGUCCCAGACGACCCCUAUCACGCGCUUCUCCCCCCUCCCUACUCGCCCUCUUCCCACCUCACCCCCCUCCUCCAAUCCGAAUUCGACCGCAUCGCCUCUUCCCUAGCCACGAACCCUGAUGCGCCACCCAAACUCAACGCCCUCGACCUCUCCCGCUACUCCUCCCUCCCCGAGAUCCCCACCCCCUCGGACCUCACUGCAAUGGACAGCUCCGAAGCCAGCACCCUUCUUUCUUCUUUACUCGAAAAAGCCUACACAGACCACGCCUACGUCGCCCAACGGCGGGCGCACCUAGCUCUGCUGGACGCGUACGGCAAGAACGCGUGGCUGAUUGGCAAUUGGCAGUUGGAGGGGGAGCUGAAGGCGAUUGAAAAGGAGCUGGCGGAGGCGAAGAGGGAGAUUGAUCUGGUAACGCUGCAGCGGAAGCAGGCGCAGGACGAGGCCGGGCCGGAGAUUUUGGGGCUGGAGGAUACGUGGAAGAAGGGCGUGGGGAGGGUGUUGGAGACGGAGGCGGCUGUGGAGGGGCUGAGGAGGCAGGUUUUGGAGGUUAGGAGGGGGAUGGAGUAG